AUGAGCACCUUCCAUGGGUCAGAGCUGCUGCCCACGGUAAUAGAAGGUGGUCAAAUACAGGAUGAAUGCGAAGGGAGAUUGGGGAUCUCUCCUAUUCUGAAUAGCGGGGACCUGAGAGAAAGGACUGGGGGGGUCCCCGAUCCGGAACCGAGCUACCUUGGAGGCACCGGGAAGCGCUUCAUUCCGGGAGGGCGUUCCCGCGGCCGGGCCCGGCGCCGGGGGCUGCGCGAGUACUUCGGCCAGUUCGGGGAGGUGAAGGAGUGUCUGGUGAUGCGGGACCCCCUGACCAAGAGAUCCAGGGGUUUCGGCUUCGUCACUUUCAUGGACCAGGCGGGGGUGGAUAAAGUGCUGGCGCAGUCGCGGCACGAGCUCGACUCCAAAACAAUUGACCCCAAGGUGGCCUUUCCUCGGCGAGCACAGCCUAAGAUGGUGACUCGAACGAAGAAGAUCUUUGUGGGGGGGCUGUCGGUGAACACCACAGUGGAGGACGUGAAGCAAUAUUUUGAGCAGUUUGGGAAGGUGGACGAUGCCAUGCUGAUGUUUGACAAAACCACCAACCGGCACAGAGGGUUCGGGUUUGUCACAUUUGAGAGUGAGGAUAUUGUGGAGAAAGUGUGUGAAAUCCAUUUCCAUGAAAUCAACAACAAAAUGGUGGAAUGUAAGAAAGCUCAGCCAAAGGAGGUGAUGUCGCCAACGGGCUCAGCCCGGGGAAGGUCUCGAGUCAUGCCCUAUGGAAUGGACGCCUUCAUGCUGGGCAUUGGCAUGCUGGGUUACCCGGGUUUCCAAGCCACGACCUAUGCCAGCCGGAGUUAUACAGGGCUUGCCCCUGGCUAUACCUACCAGUUCCCCGAAUUCCGUGUAGAGCGGACCCCUCUCCCGAGCGCCCCAGUCCUCCCCGAGCUUACAGCCAUUCCUCUCACUGCGUAUGGACCAAUGGCAGCGGCGGCGGCGGCGGCAGCUGUGGUUCGAGGAACAGGUUCGACUCCCAGCCGCACAGGGGGCUUCCUGGGGACCACCAGCCCCGGCCCCAUGGCCGAGCUCUAUGGGGCGGCCAACCAGGACUCAGGGGUCAGCAGUUACAUCAGUGCCGCCAGCCCCGCCCCCAGCACCGGCUUUGGCCACAGUCUUGGGGGCCCUUUGAUUGCCACAGCCUUCACCAAUGGGUACCACUGAAGCAGGGGACAGUGGCAGGAGCCUGCAGUUGACUGAGGACCACGAGUGAGCCAGCG